CGUACGGAAGCCGCCGCAGCUCAUCCCCGGCCGCGUUUCCUUUCCUUUCUUUUUUUUUCUUUUUUUUAUUUUUUUAAUUCCUUCCCUGGCUCCCUCCUUCCGCGCGAGUCUCUGGAGAAGCCGCAUCGCCUGGCGCCGCUGCCGCCGCCCGGGCCCGGCUCGCCUUGCACUAUGGACUGGCAGCCCGACGAGCAGGGACUGCAGCAGGUCCUGCAGCUUCUCAAAGACUCGCAGUCGCCCAACACGGCCACGCAGCGCAUUGUCCAGGACAAACUCAAACAACUGAACCAGUUUCCAGAUUUCAACAAUUACCUGAUCUUCGUCCUGACCCGACUCAAGUCGGAAGAUGAGCCCACACGAUCCCUUAGUGGCCUCAUCCUCAAGAACAACGUGAAGGCGCAUUACCAGAGCUUCCCACCACCUGUGGCCGACUUCAUCAAGCAGGAAUGUCUCAACAACAUCGGGGACGCAUCCUCUCUCAUCCGCGCCACCAUCGGUAUCCUCAUCACCACCAUCGCGUCCAAGGGGGAGCUGCAGAUGUGGCCGGAGCUGCUGCCUCAGCUCUGUAACUUGCUCAACUCCGAGGACUACAACACGUGCGAGGGAGCCUUUGGCGCCCUGCAAAAGAUCUGCGAGGAUUCGUCCGAGCUCCUGGACAGCGAUGCCCUCAACCGGCCCCUCAACAUCAUGAUCCCCAAGUUCUUGCAGUUCUUCAAACACUGCAGCCCCAAGAUCCGGUCUCACGCCAUUGCUUGUGUGAACCAGUUCAUCAUGGACCGGGCCCAGGCGCUGAUGGACAACAUCGACACCUUUAUCGAGCACCUGUUUGCCCUGGCCGUGGAUGACGAUCCCGAGGUGCGCAAGAACGUGUGCCGGGCGCUGGUGAUGCUGCUGGAGGUCCGCAUUGACCGGCUCAUCCCGCACAUGCACAGCAUCAUCCAGUACAUGUUGCAGAGGACCCAGGACCACGACGAGAAUGUGGCGCUGGAGGCCUGCGAGUUCUGGCUGACGCUGGCUGAGCAGCCCAUCUGCAAAGAGGUCCUGGCUUCCCACCUGGUCCAGCUCAUCCCCAUCCUCGUGAAUGGCAUGAAGUACUCGGAGAUCGACAUCAUCCUGCUGAAGGGUGACGUGGAGGAGGACGAGGCGGUCCCCGACAGCGAGCAAGACAUCAAACCGCGCUUUCACAAGUCCCGCACGGUCACAUUGCCCCACGAGGCCGAGCGCCCCGACGGCUCCGAGGACGCGGACGAUGACGAUGAUGAUGACGCUUUGUCCGACUGGAAUCUGAGGAAGUGCUCGGCAGCCGCCCUGGAUGUCCUGGCCAACGUCUUUCGGGAGGAGCUGCUGCCUCACCUGCUCCCGCUGCUCAAGGGCCUGCUCUUCCACCCCGAGUGGGUGGUCAAGGAGUCGGGCAUCCUGGUGCUGGGCGCCAUCGCAGAGGGCUGCAUGCAGGGCAUGGUCCCUUACCUGCCCGAGCUGAUCCCACACCUCAUCCAGUGCCUGUCCGACAAGAAGGCCCUGGUCCGUUCCAUCGCCUGCUGGACGCUGAGCCGCUACGCCCACUGGGUCGUCAGCCAGCCCCCUGACAUGCACCUGAAGCCUCUCAUGACCGAGCUGCUCAAGCGCAUUCUGGAUGGCAACAAGAGGGUGCAGGAGGCAGCCUGCAGUGCUUUUGCCACCCUGGAGGAGGAAGCGUGCACGGAGCUGGUGCCCUACCUCAGCUACAUCCUGGACACCCUGGUCUUCGCCUUCGGCAAGUACCAGCACAAGAACCUGCUCAUCCUCUACGACGCCAUUGGCACCCUGGCUGACUCCGUGGGCCACCACCUCAACCAGCCGGAAUACAUUCAGAAGCUGAUGCCGCCACUGAUCCAGAAGUGGAACGAGCUCAAGGAUGAGGACAAGGAUCUUUUCCCUCUGCUGGAGUGCUUGUCCUCCGUGGCCACCGCCCUGCAGAGCGGCUUCCUGCCCUACUGCGAGCCCGUCUACCAGCGCUGCGUCACACUGGUGCAGAAGACUCUGGCCCAGGCCAUGAUGUACACCCAGCACCCGGAGCAGUAUGAGGCCCCCGACAAGGACUUCAUGAUCGUGGCGCUGGACCUGCUCAGCGGCCUGGCCGAGGGCCUGGGCGGCCAUGUGGAGCAGCUGGUGGCCCGCAGCAACAUCAUGACGCUGCUGUUCCAGUGCAUGCAGGACUCCAUGCCUGAGGUCCGGCAGAGUUCCUUCGCACUCCUGGGAGACCUCACCAAAGCCUGCUUCAUCCACGUGAAGCCCUGCAUCGCCGAGUUCAUGCCCAUCCUGGGCACCAACCUGAACCCUGAAUUCAUCUCUGUGUGCAACAACGCCACCUGGGCUAUUGGAGAGAUUUGCAUGCAGAUGGGGGCAGAGAUGCAGCCGUACGUGCAGAUGGUCCUCAACAACCUGGUGGAAAUCAUAAACCGACCCAACACACCCAAGACGCUUCUUGAGAACACAGCCAUCACCAUCGGCCGCCUGGGCUACGUGUGCCCCCAGGAGGUGGCCCCGAUGCUGCAGCAGUUCAUCCGACCGUGGUGCACCUCGCUCAGGAAUAUCCGGGACAACGAGGAGAAGGACUCGGCCUUCCGGGGCAUCUGCAUGAUGAUCGGUGUCAACCCAGGGGGCGUCGUGCAGGAUUUUAUCUUCUUCUGUGACGCUGUUGCCUCCUGGGUGAGCCCGAAGGAUGAUCUUCGGGACAUGUUUUAUAAGAUUCUCCACGGCUUCAAAGACCAGGUCGGGGAGGAGAAUUGGCAGCAGUUCUCAGAGCAGUUCCCGCCACUGCUCAAGGAGAGACUGGCCGCGUUCUAUGGGGUUUCUGUCUGCGUCGUCGUCAGAGGGGUCUCUAGGGAGCACGCUGCGUUCAGGAGUCGCCGUGCCCUGGCCGAGGGGGGUUAGGGAGGAGAGGGCCCCGCAUCCAGACGCGCUCCCCAGCCGUCUCCCUGCCUCGCCUGGCCGGUGCUGGUGGGUAGGUGGAGGGGUCUCCACGCUCAUCCGACAAAAGGGAGGGGGGUGGGACUUCCUGGCCGGGGCCCCCGGGCUGUCAUCGGGGUCACCUUGGGCACCCCACAUCGGGAGGGUGGGCCCAGCCACGUGGGAGGGACGCAUCGACAUGCCGAGGGGAACCGGCUGAGGGUGAGGCGCGGGGCCAGCAGGCGGGAGGGGGGGGUCCUUGUAGACACGUACACUCACAUGUACACACGUGGCCACACGCAUGUGUGGGCGCAGCCAUCAGCCAGGCUGGGCUAGCUGCCCCCCUAUUUUCCCGACUGCAUGGAGACAGUAGAAUUAGUGAACCCCCUGAGUUAGCCCGUAAGGCCUUUGUAACCUGCAACCUAGAGUUUAAGAAGCUUCUGCUGUUUCGCCGGAAUGGGCGGUGAGUGGGGAGGGCUGGGUGGUUUGGGGGUCGGGAGGAAGCGGCCGGCCAUCUUGGGCCUCCAGCCAGCACACACACACACACACACACACACACACACACACACACACACACACACACACACACACACACACACACACACACACACACACACACACACACACACACACACACACACACACACACACACACACACACACACACACACACAGACACAUACACACAGACACAUACACACACGCUUUGGGCCUGCUCCGCACACUUCCUGCCACUGGACAGCCACUGCUGUCCGUGUGCUCCCCUCUGCCCUGGCCGGAAGCGUGGGACCAUCAGCUGCGGGGGGGGGGGGCACAGAGCGCCCCUUCUUCCCUGCUGUGCUCCAGCGGCCAGGGCUGUGGAGAUUUUCGUCCCAAGAGCGGUGGCUCUCCAUCUGAGCAGGCGCGUGAGCAGAUGCUUUCUCUGCGCUUCCAGAACGAGAGGGUUGAGGGCCGGCCAUGAUGGCUGGGGGGAGAGGAGGGGCUCCUGGCUGGGCCCAGACACCCCACCAUGGGCCAGUGACGCCAGGGAACUUUCUAGAUGGGUGGGGGCCCGCUUAGGGACAGGGCUUCUCAGUUGGCCUGGAACCUGAAAAUGGGCCCUGCAAUGCCUUUCUUUUUUUUUUUUUUUUUUUCUUUCUUUUUUAAAUUUUUAUUUCCUGCCCCUCUUCUGCUUUGUUAACUUGCAGGGGGAGGGCUUUGGGGGACUGAAGAUGUUUUGCUGGAUCCUGGUAUCUGGGUGCUGGGCCUCAUGCCCAUGGGCCCCAGCUCUUCUCGCAGCCAGGAUGAGGCCUUGCCUCGAAGCCCAGGGUACUCGCUGCACAUUCCAUUCACCCAGCAGGGCCCCUCCGCCAGUGGAACUCCAGCAGGUCUCUGGAAGCCAUUUGUUUAAAAAAAAAAAAAAAAUUUAAAAAAAAUUUAAAGAAAAAAAUAGAAAAAGCAGGAAAAAAAGUGUUUGUUUGUUUUUUUUUUAAGACCGUUUAAUUUGCUGGAAAUUCCAGUUCCCUGGAGCACCUGUUGCUGGGGCCUGGCCCGGGCAUGUGGCUGGCUGGCAGGUUGGGUUAGAUCGGGAACACCCCCACCCAGGAUUUGGGGUGAGAUCCCCCAGCCGCCAUCAGGGAAGGGAGGAGAGCCUGGUUGGAUUUGGCUAUCUUCCUUCCUUCCUUUUUUCCUUCCUUCCUUUCUUUUUUCUUUCUUUUCUUUCUUUCUUUCUUUCUUUCUUUCUUUCUUUCUUUCUUUCUUUCUUUCUUUCUUUCUUUCUUUCUUUGAAACUAUUUAAUUUUUUAAUUUAUUUUUUGGUUGAUUUUUGCACAACGAAGUUUCAGCUUCUCCACUUUCUCCCCUGCUCAGGGCUGCGGACCCUGACACGGGCAGCUCUCCCCUCCCCCUUUCCCACGGGCUCCAGGCUCUGUCCACGUGUGACCGUGCUGUGCUGGGGAUUGGCGCCCACGUGGCGUGCGGGUCCACUUGUGUAGAACUUUGUUGAGUAAAGAUCAGUUUCUUGUGAAA